ACAGGAACGUCAGUCUCCUCAUAACCACCAACCACUUCGUCAUGGAAUAUCCUCGCCCGCACCUGCCUAACAUCAUCGAGAUCACCGGAAUCCACGUUGCCACAGAACAGAAGCCUCUGCCAAAGGACAUCAAGCAGUUUCUGGAUGGGGCAGAACACGGCGUCAUCUACUUCAGCCUAGGAACCAAUGUCCGCAGUAAUGCGAUGUCAGACUGGAAGCGACAGGCAUUCAUUGAAGCGUUCCGGGAGCUGCCCCAGAGGGUCCUCUGGAAGUGGGAGAACGACUCCCUUCCCAGCCGGCCUGAGAACGUCAUGGUCAGCAAGUGGCUGCCACAGCAGGACGUACUAGCUCAUCCAAACGUGCGACUCUUCAUCACGCAAGGUGGCCUGCAGAGUCUCAAUGAAGCCACGUACCACGCCGUGCCGCUGCUCGUCAUCCCGUUCUUCUGCGACCAGGCGCACAACGCCGCUAAGAUACAACAGACUGGGGCUGGCGUCCGGCUAGAGUACAGUGACAUCACCAAGGACGCCUUGCUGAGGAACAUACGGACCGUCCUUCACGACUCCAAGUACAGGGAGAGCAUGAGAACUUUGUCGUCGAUAUUCCGUGAGCACCAGGUGGACUCUUUGGAGCGCGCCGUGCGGUGGGUGGAGUACGUGAUACGUCACAAGGGGGCCCCGCACUUGCGCAGUGCUGCCCUCGACCUGCACUGGUGGCAGCUGCUACUACUCGAUGUCGUCGCCUUCCUAUUUCUGGUUGCCGCCAUUGCAAUCUAUCUUUUGUGCAUAUCUGUUCGCAGACUUGUCCAGUUUCUCUCAGGAUUUAAAGUGAGGGUAAAAACUGAGUAAUUAUUCAGCUGUAGAGUCACUGAAGAACUAUAACUGUGGCAUUGCAUCAGAGUUUGUAUCUGAAAUUAUCUUUGAUGUAAAAAUAUGACAAUACAUUCCUGCAAGCGAGUAUGGAAGAUAAUUUCGAGAUCUAUUUUAUUACGUCAGAGUAGACGCAAAGCAUAUUUGUGAGACAGUGAAACAGUUGA